AAGAUGAGGCUGGUGCUCUUCUUCUGGCUUGCCUGCGGAGGGUCCUGGAACGGCGGCGUACGGGAUACCAUGGUACAUGCAGCUUCCAAUACGAGCGACGAAGACAGCGUUGGCAGCGCGCUGUACCUAACGCCUCUCAUUGAGUCUGGACAACUGGAGCACGCCAGGAGCUUGAGCCGUGUCGGCUCGCUCGGCCAGGUGGAAGACGUGCCCGGUUACUCCGGCUUCCUCACCGUCAACGCUAAGCUGGGCAGCAACCUCUUCUUUUGGUUCUUCCCAUCAAAGGUUGAAGCGGACAGUGCGCCCGUCCUGAUCUGGCUCCAGGGUGGUCCCGGAUCCACGUCGCUGUUCGGCCUCUUCACGGAGCACGGACCGUACCAAGUGGCCGAAGACGGAACGCCACACCUGCGCGAUGUCACGUGGGUCAACAAGUUUUCCGUGCUCUACAUGGAUAAUCCCGUGGGCGCGGGCUUCAGCUUCACGGAAUCAGACGAAGGCUACGCUCGCAACCUUCAUGACACUUCCAGGAACUUGUUCGAGGCCCUGCAGCAGUUCUUCACGCUUUUCCCCGACUACGUCGACAGGGACUUCUACGUCGGCGGGGAAUCGUAUGGCGGAAAAUAUGCUCCUGCUCUCGCCUACACCAUCGACACGGCCAUCCAACCACGUGUGAAGAUCAACCUCAAGGGAAUCCUUAUAGGAAACGGCUUCAUCGAUCCAAUCUCCAUGAUGGACUUCGGCGACUACCUUUACCAGGUUGGGCUCGUGGAUGAAAGCGACGCCGAUGUUUUUAGGAAGCGGUCAAAAAUGAUGGUCAGACUAAUGAAGAAUGGACGCUACCUUGACGCCUUCAACAUAUUGGACCCUCUUUUGACUGGUCUCCUUACAAACCCAACCUACUUCAAGAAUGUCACCGGAAUGGACUUCUACUACAACUAUCUUUACUCCAAACGACCUAAAAAUUACCAAUAUUUUGACCAGUUCGUCGAGAGUCCAACGGCGCGCAAGGCAUUACACGUCGGAAACCGUAUCUUCACGGAUACAAACAAGGUAGUUCAGCAUUAUCUUCAGGGAACCAUCAUGUCAUCUGCAAAGCCCUACUUGGAGGCCCUAAUUGAAAAGUACAAAGUUAUGCUCUAUGACGGCCAGCUGGACAUUAUAGUUGCGUACCCACUUACGACAAAUUUCAUCUCCACCCUUCAGUGGUCGGGAGCGAAGGCCUUGACCCGAGCACCGCGGCAAAUCUGGAUGACCCCAGAUGGAGAUGACGUAGCCGGUUAUGUCAAGCAGGUCGGCAAGUUCACGGAGGUUUUGGUCAGGAACGCGGGGCAUAUUGCUCCCCAUGACCAACCUGUGGUCUGUUUCGAUAUGUUGGUCAGAUUCAUCGACGGCAAGCCGUUUUCUGGAUGACCUAAUU